AACGAACACCAACUGCCGCCUCUUGAGUAUUGACCUGGCCUCUCCUUUCCCGCGUCACCAAAAUUCCUUCCCUCUUCCCCAACUCCUCGCACUCCCUAUUCCUUUCUUGCAAGACUCAUUCAAGCCUCUUCAAUCACUACCGCAUUAAACAAAACAAGACUAAUCCCCUUUCUGUCUUCAAAAUCUCAAUUUUCCAUUGCAUGCGCCAAUCUCUCCGCCAUGUCCAUUCUUCCUUUCAUCUUCUUCAUCCUUUCUCUUCUCUCCCUUUCUGUUUCUCAAACACCACCUCCUAGAGGUACUCUAAUCGAUUGCGGUGCCACCGCUCCUUCUACAAUUGAUGGUCGCCAGUGGCUUCCGGACGCCGGCUUCAUCUCCACUGGGACUUCCAAGAACCUUACAAUUCCAGUCCUCGCCUCUAUCCUUUCCACCGUCCGAUCAUUUCCGAACAAUGUAAACCACAAAUCCUGCUACGUGGUUCCGGUUUUCCGCGGGGCGAAGUACAUGAUUAGAACUACAUACUUCUACGGAGGGAUCAAUGGCAAGGCUGCGCCUCCGGUGUUCGAUCAGAUUGUGGACGGAACUUUGUGGAGCAUUGUGAAUACUACGGAGGAUUAUGCGAACGGCAGGUCAUCGUAUUAUGAAGGGGUUUUUCUGGCUCAAGGGAAAUUUAUGAGUUUGUGUAUCGGGGCCAAUUCGUAUACGGACUCGGACCCGUUCAUUUCGGCCUUGGAGUUUGUGAUUUUGGGAGGUUCGUUGUAUAAUUCCACGGAUUUCAAUCGAUAUGGCCUUAGCUUAGUUGCCAGGCAUAGUUUUGGAUAUAAUGGAUCUCUCAUUCGAUAUCCUGACGAUCAAUUCGAUCGGUUUUGGGAGCCAUUUGGGGAGAAAGAUCCAACUGUAUCGAACAACAAGAAUCUAUCACUUUCUGGUAUUUGGAACCUUCCUCCCUCGAAAGUAUUCGAAACAGAACUGACAUCAGGUGGAUUUGAUCCAUUAGAAUUGAAGUGGCCACUGGCGCCGCUUCAAAACUCUAACUACUCCAUUGCUUUAUACUUCGCUGAUGAUCUUAGUUCAUCUAAUGGAUCUUCAAGAUUCCUCAAUAUAAGUAUCAACGGAAUAACUUAUUACAAAAAUUUGAGUGUGACACCAGCAGGCUGCGUCGUCUACGCUACGCAGUGGCCUCUUGGUGGUCUUACGACUGUAACUUUGGCACCUGUUGCUGGCUCUAGCCUUGGUCCAGUGAUCAAUGGUGGAGAGAUUUUUUAUGUGACGGAGCUCGGAGGAAGAACUCUUACUAGAGACGUAAUAGCUUUGGAAAGUCUGAAAAGCACUCUCCGGAAUCCUCCAUUUGAUUGGAGUGGUGAUCCCUGUAUGCCCCGUCGCUAUUCAUGGACUGGAAUCACUUGCUCUGAGGGUCCCCGAAUUCGUGUGCUUACAUUGAAUCUGACAAGCAUGGGCCUUUCAGGAUCAUUACCACGAAGUAUUGCCAGAUUGACUGCAUUGACGGACAUCUGGCUUGGAAACAACAGUUUGACAGGUUCCAUACCUGAUCUCAGUUUAUUGAAGAUGCUGCAGACAUUGCACUUGGAAAAUAAUCAACUCACCGGAGGGAUCCCCUCAUCACUUGGAAGCAUUAAACCUCUGCGUGAACUAUUCUUGCAGAACAAUAAUCUGACAGGACAAAUUCCAAGUAAUCUCACUGGAAAACAAGGCCUGGAUCUUAGGACCUCUCCUGGAAAUCAGUUAACACCUCCACCAGCUUCUUGAAGGGGGAAAAAAUCAAUGCAACCAAAGCAAAGGAGAAAAGGAUGCAUUUAGAAACCUCAUCUCAAUUGAUUAAAUCUAUAUAUAUUCUGUCUAGAGAUAUGUAGAGUUUUUGAAAAUUUUGCUGGAGGUUUUGCCGUUAGAAUCAUUCUUUGAUUAUCUAGAAGUUUUGCGGUAUCAUCUUUCUCUGGUUUGGCCAGACACAAGCUGCUCAAUUCAAGUUGCGGCAUCUACAACUGAAGUUCACUCGGUUUGUAUGUAAAUUACAGGUCUAUGUGCAGUCAUUCUUUAUUUGUGCAAUAUUGUUAUCUUCAUGUAACGUCAACAUUAUGUUUCCUGCACUUCAUAAAAUGACAGAUUUGAUCGUUUUGUGUGGCUUAA